CCUUUCUCGAAGAAUCUCUCUAUUAAAUUAGUGUUUGCACGUCAGACACGAACAUACUUCGACGCCAAGUUUAUAAUUCAGAGACUCCAGAGCGCCUGAACACCAUGAGUCAUUCCUGUCCUGCACUAAUUGCCCCAUCACUACUAUCGUGUGAUUUGGCAAAUAUUGCCACCGAUGCCAAACAAAUGUUGGACAUGGGGGCGGAUUGGUUGCACAUGGAUAUCAUGGACGGCCAUUUCGUUCCGAAUUUAUCCUUUGGUCCACCGGUAAUUGCUAGUUUACGGGAAGCUAUUAAAGAUGCCUACAUUGACUGUCAUUUGAUGGUUAGCGCACCGUUCAAAUGGGUAGCACCUAUGAAAAAGGCGGGAUGUACAUCAUUUACCUUCCAUUUGGAAAGUGAGAUGCCCGAAGGGGGAGUUCCCGCUAUGAUUGAGAUGGUCAAGGACGCGGGUAUGAAAGUCGGUAUGGUGAUCAAACCAGGAACUCCAAUUGAAAACCUGGACCCUUUUAUACCCGAUAUUGACAUGGUGUUGAUUAUGACAGUAGAGCCCGGUUUCAGCGGUCAAUCAUUUAUGGCGGACAUGAUGCCGAAGAUCAAGUAUCUUCGCUCGAACUACCCGAAUUUGAACAUUCAAGUUGAUGGCGGCGUAAGCCCUUCCACCAUUGACGCUGCGGCCGAAGCUGGAGCUAACGUAAUCGUUGCUGCUAGUGCUAUUUUUGGUUCGGACGAUCGGCAAGGAGUCAUUAAUGCUUUGCGCGCUGGUGUCGAAAAGUACCAAACUGAGUAGGCAAGUUAAAUUUAUAGAGAAUGUGUAGUUCUUUUUCAACAAACGCC